UCACAGAAUAUGCAAAGCUGCAAGCACCAAAGAGGCUGGACGAACAGUCAUAGUUUGAGCAGAGUGUAUUCAAUAAUAACCUACCUUACAACUACUCUAAUGCCGCUGACUGCAUUAUAACAUGGUUCAAUAACAAUUCAGAAGGAGUGGGCAGAUGGAGGACUGUCCAUGAUUGUUACCGGAAAGAAACGUGGAUCCAUGAAGUGAACAUUUAAACGCUACGAAAUUGGUUGUAAUUGUAACAUCUCCCAAGAGCCCUUAAAACACCCGAGGGGAACUCUCUUUUUUCGGGUUUGGUUAUUCUUACCUGCAGCUCGAGAGGAACUGCUCUCUGCCUUCAGUCCAGCACCUUUUGAACAUUAAAGCCAUGGAGCCGACCAGUGCUCCAAAGGGAUGUGGCUCAAGUAUCAGCUCCGUAUAUUACAACCUGUGUGACCUGACCACAGUGUGGGGGGUCGUGGUGGAGGCUGUUGCUGCUGCUGGUAUAGUGACUUCUUUCAUUCUCUUGGUCAUCCUCAUGGCCAGCAUACCGUUUGUGACAGACAAGAAGAGGAAGGGUAUGGUGGCUCUGCAGGCCGGCAUUAUAGUCUUCACUUUGGGACUCUUUGGACUCACUUUUGCCUUUAUUGUGGGUCAGUACUCCAUCAACUGUGCUGCACGGAGGUUUCUCUUUGGAGUGCUGUUUUCAGGAUGUCUAGCCUGCCUGGUGAUGCAUGGGUUAUGGCUCGCCCUGUUGAAGCGUAGCGACAGGGGUCCCAGGAGCUGGAUGUUAUGCCUGGGAGCCCUGGGUCUGUGGAUGGUUGAGGUCAUCAUCAACACUGAGUGGCUUAUCAUCACUGUUUUGAGGAGCCCACCUGGACCUGGAGGUGUCAUGACCCCUGAUGUGUCCUGUAACAUUGCCAACCAGGACUUUGUGAGCGCACUUGUCUAUGUGAUGGUUCUGGUGAUAGCUGCGGUGCUUAUCGCUGUGCCCUCACUGACACACAAGCACAAGCAGUGGCGCCGAGAUGGAGCCUUCAUCCUAGUCACCGGGAUCUUCACCUUGGCUAUCUGGGUAACUUGGAUUGUCAUGUACAUCCAUGGGAACAGGGUCGUCGGGAAUCCCAGCUGGGAUGAUCCUACUCUGGCCAUAGCUGUAGUGUCAAAUGCAUGGGUGUUCCUUUUCCUCUAUGCCAUCCCAGAAAUCUGCCUACUGACCCAGGAGGACCCAGAUCAGGAGCUGCCAGUCGAUGGAGAUCAUGUUUAUCCUGCCAGAAGCCUGGUUUAUGACAACAUCCUGAAAGAGCCGGAGACACCCCACCAGAAUGUGUACAUGGAGAAUAAAGCCUUCACAAUGGACGAGCCUCCGGCAGUACCCACAAAACCAGUGUCUCCAUAUGGUGCUUAUAAUGGUCAGCUACGAAGUUGUUUGUACCAGCCUACUGAAAUUGCCCUGAUUGCCAAGGGUCUGACUAAGAUGGACCAAGGCACGAUGAUGCCUCGAGCCAGAGCCCCUUCUCUGAAUCGGGGAGGUGGGAGCUCUCUGCCAUGUUCAGCUGAUUCCUUGCCAUCUUAAGGACUGUCACAUGACGUCAGCGUGACUCCAUGGCAGUGCCCCAACACACUCAGAAGUUAGUGUUGGGAAAUGUACUUUGUCCUCUCCUCAGGAUUCCUUGUAUCAGAUGUAUCUUACUUUCUCUUCCUUAGUAAAAGGCUUGAAGCAAUUACACUGUGAUAAAUCCCCAUCAUUAGAGCGCUGCUGGAAUGAGUCCUUAAACCUGGAAAUGAGUUCCCUCGUCUUAAAGUCAAUGGUUAGCUUUAAACAAAACGUGAAGGUAUCAUUAGGUUUUGUUAGUGACAGUUCUUCUUUUCUGCGACAAUCCCAAAAACCAUUAACCAGGGCAAUGCUUACUUCUGGGAUAGCCUUAAAAUAAAGUCAUCCCUGUAGCAAUAUGGAGUUUGCAGUUAUGUGACCCAGCUCCUCUCAUAGGUCUGUUUUUUUUGUCUGGAGGUUGUACCAGGAGCCUUCAGUUUGUUUUAUACCUUAGAACUUCUCACUGUCAACCAAAACGUUGCUCACUUGUAUCUUGACUCCAAAACACAAUCAAGAGAAAGAGUGGCAUGCAUGUUUCUGUACAGAGAAGCAAUGACUUUGCCUUCUAGCUGAAAGAGAUACCAAAACAUUCUGGCUACUUUUCUUUUACAUUUCUUUGAAGUCCAAAUCCCAAAGUGAAAUGUAUCUUUUGAUGACAACUGACAGAUUAAUGAUAGGCAAGGAUCGAGUGUAGAUAGUUUAUAGCCGAGGUAGGGUUUAUAAGGUUUCCAUUGUGUUUGCACUAUUAACUAAUGCUUCCCCGUUUCAUAAAUCUGACUGGAAUGUGGUAAUCUGUUGCGAAACAUACUUUGUUUAAUUGUGAAAUUAAGUUGUGUAACAUAUCCUCUGAAAGCAAUUUGAUUUUGUAGUUGGAUUUAUAAAACUAUAAUUGUAUGUAAACUUAUUAAACCUGUUUAUGGUAACUUA